GAGAGGGAGACCGCGUGGAGCGCAAGACAGUUCCCAGGGCAUCGCGGCGUCCCUGGCAGCGCUUGGCUGUUGCAGGGCUGUGAGCCGGAGAACAACGCUUCGGGGCGCCUGUGCGUGCGCGCGUGCGGGACCUUGGUUGGCCUCAGACCUCAAGGGUCUUGUCCGGGGGCGGUUCCUGAUCCCCCAUAUAGUGCCCGCUAACUUUGAAAAGGAGGACUUAUGUCCUGCAAAGGUUGAGACAUAAGGGGUAGGGAAGGAAAAGAGGAGAGAAAACGCAACAGAGGCCGAAGGAGAAGGAACUAAUGUGGACCUCCUGAGCAGCUGGGAGGAGGACUGGACCGCGGAGAACCGGGCGGGACCUCGGAGGUGCGGGGCAAGGAGCAACGGAAGCGGUGCGGGCCGUGGCGCUGGGGCUUCUUGCACCUCGGGUCACGCCUCCUUGGCAAGAAGGCGCCUCGCCUUUGAUUGCUUCCAGUUACUGCAGAACUUCCUGUCCUGGCGGAGAAGCAGGUCUUGCUUGGGUCGCGCUCCCUCCCGGUCUGAGGCGUGAGACUGAGUUCACACGGUGCUGGGCCCCCAAAGCCAAGUGGGGUUGGGGGAAACAGAGUCUGCGAGUCCCGGCGCCCCGCGCGUAGGACCCCGUGUUGGGGUCCUCCCUCCCUCUGUACCCGCACCCUUGCGGGCUUUGCCCCUUCCUGGGGACCCCUCGCCAGGCGAUGGCCGCGUUGAUGCGGGGCAAGGACUCCUCCCGCUGCCUGCUCCUACUGGCCGCGGUGCUGAUGGUGGAGAGCUCCCAGUUCGGCAGCUCGCGGGCCAAACUCAACUCCAUCAAGUCCUCUCUGGGCGGGGAGACGCCAGCCCAGGCCGCCAAUCGAUCUGCGGGCACAUACCAAGGACUGGCUUUCGGCGGCAGUAAGAAGGGCAAAAACCUGGGGCAGGCCUACCCUUGUAGCAGUGAUAAGGAAUGUGAAGUUGGAAGAUACUGCCACAGUCCCCACCAAGGAUCUUCGGCCUGCAUGGUGUGUCGAAGGAAAAAGAAGCGCUGCCAUAGAGAUGGCAUGUGUUGUCCUGGCACCCGCUGCAAUAAUGGCAUCUGUAUCCCCGUCACUGAGAGCAUCUUAACUGCUCACAUCCCAGCUCUGGACGGCACUCGGCACAGAGAUGGAAACCACGGUCACUACUCAAACCACGACUUGGGAUGGCAGAAUCUAGGAAGAACACACACUAAGAUGUCACAUAUAAAAGGGCAUGAAGGAGACCCCUGUCUACGAUCAUCAGACUGCAUUGAAGGGUUUUGCUGUGCUCGUCACUUCUGGACCAAAAUCUGCAAACCAGUGCUCCAUCAGGGAGAAGUCUGUACCAAGCAACGCAAGAAGGGCUCUCACGGGCUGGAAAUCUUCCAGCGGUGUGACUGCGCAAAAGGCCUUUCUUGUAAAGUAUGGAAAGAUGCCACCUACUCCUCCAAAGCCAGACUCCACGUGUGCCAGAAAAUAUGACCACCUCUGAGGGAAGAAAAGCAUCACUAGCAGACUGUGAAUCUGUGUAUUUAAUACAGUACAGCAUGGGGGAAAACAGGAUUUGGAUUUCAGAAGGGCUAAAAUGAGGAAUGUCAUAAGAAUAUAGAUCACAGAAAGAGAAAGAAAAUGGAGCAGAUUAGAAAGGGUGACGAGUGUGGUACAAUCAGUGUGUUUCCACCAUGCACCUUGUUUAUGUAAAUAAUGUAUACAUUUGUGAAAAUGCUAUGACUCAAAAAAAAAAAAAAAAACAGUGAAAUUA